AGAAGGCUUUUGACCCUGAGAUACGUUAAGAUGAAGACGUUCAGCAUGAAGAUUGUUGUUCUACUUGGAUUCGUGAUGCUUCUCUCUAUUGCUUUGGCUGAGCAUGAGCAUGGCCAUCAGCAUGUCAUUGAGAAGCGCUCUUCAAGUGAAGAGCGUGUCCGUGGCCCUGGCCCUGGCCGUGGCUUUCCAAACUUUCUCCAGCAGUACAACUACCUUCUGCUUCUGCAAAGACUUGGUCUUGUCCCAGCCCCUGCAGCACCAGCCCCAGAUCCAGCCCCAGCACCAGCCCCAGCUCCAGCCCCAGCUCCAGGCCCAGCUCCAGCCCCAGCUCCAGCCCCAGCUCCAGCUCCAGCUGGUCGCUGAGAAAGGACAUGAAUCAGAAACUUCAACUCAACAAGAGCAAGCUAUGGUUGAUGAAAUGACCAGAACAUUAACUGACAAUAAGUACUGUAAUAGCUGUCUUCCAUAUUUUGAGUUUCCCUUUAAUGUACUUGCUGUAUGUCUAUCUGCAAUGCAAUAA